AUGAAAAAGCUAUUUGAUGCAAUAUUUGUGCAAGCAACAAAGAGCACAUAUGAUAAAAACAUCCGUGACUUUUUCCAUUUACUUGCAAUCUCUAUUAAUAUGGAAGAUUAUGCAAAUGCGGCGAAUACAAAUGAAAUUACAGUUAGCGAAGUGCGCGAAUUCUAUUAUAUAUGUACUGAGUUCAAAUACAGUGCUUUACGACCAUUUCAAAAUUGUAGUCCUUUUUUACAUACUCUGACGGGUUCGUUCUUUACUUCGCUGCAUCUAUUUCACGACACAAGGUCCGUGAAAAAUGCCUGUUGUUUCCCGAAUUUGUCUGUUUGUGCAAGUGGUUAGAAAACUUCUGUGCUCUCAAUCCAAGAGUAUAUACUCGCUACAGGAUCAUUAU